UACUCCGCGCCAGUAGGAAGCAGUGUCUUUCACUAACGCCAGCCACUAAAACUUAUAACUCGCUCCUGCGAGGAAUAAGCAUUCAAGAUGUCGUCGCUGAAUGACAGAUCAGUUUGGGAUGAGGUUGAGGAUGGCAUCGGCGAGGAAGUCCUUAAGAUGUCGACGGAGGAGAUCGUUCAAAGGACUCGUCUUUUGGACAGUGAGAUUAAGAUUAUGAAGAGUGAGGUCCUGCGUGUCACUCAUGAGCUGCAAGCUAUGAAAGACAAGAUAAAGGAGAACACAGAGAAAAUCAAAGUCAACAAGACUUUACCAUACCUUGUCUCUAAUGUCAUAGAGCUGUUGGAUGUAGAUCCUAAUGACCAAGAAGAGGAUGGGGCCAAUGUUGAUCUGGACUCACAGAGGAAGGGCAAGUGUGCAGUCAUCAAAACCUCCACACGGCAGACUUAUUUCCUGCCUGUGAUUGGUUUGGUGGAUGCUGAGAAACUGAAACCUGGUGAUCUUGUGGGCGUGAAUAAAGACUCCUACCUGAUUUUGGAGACUCUACCUACUGAGUAUGACUCUAGAGUUAAAGCCAUGGAGGUGGAUGAGAGGCCUACAGAGCAGUACAGUGACAUCGGUGGCCUUGACAAACAGAUCCAGGAGCUGGUGGAGGCGAUCGUUCUGCCUAUGAACCAUAAAGAGAAGUUUGAGAAUCUGGGCAUCCAACCACCAAAGGGAGUUCUGAUGUAUGGGCCACCAGGCACAGGAAAGACCCUGCUGGCAAGAGCCUGUGCAGCCCAAACCAAGGCAACGUUUUUGAAGUUGGCUGGCCCUCAGUUGGUGCAGAUGUUUAUUGGCGAUGGUGCCAAACUGGUACGUGACGCAUUUGCUCUUGCCAAAGAGAAAGCUCCGUCCAUCAUCUUCAUUGAUGAGCUGGAUGCUAUCGGCACCAAGCGCUUUGAUAGUGAAAAAGCUGGAGACAGAGAGGUGCAGAGAACCAUGUUGGAGCUGCUUAACCAACUUGACGGCUUUCAGCCUAACAUGCAAGUGAAGGUGAUUGCUGCCACUAACAGGGUGGAUAUCUUGGACCCGGCUCUGUUGCGUUCAGGCCGGCUGGAUCGUAAGAUUGAGUUCCCCAUGCCCAAUGAGGAGGCUCGUGCUCGCAUUAUGCAGAUCCACUCACGCAAGAUGAACGUCUGUCCUGAUGUGAACUAUGAAGAAUUGGCACGCUGUACUGAUGACUUCAAUGGAGCUCAGUGUAAAGCUGUUUGUGUUGAGGCUGGUAUGAUAGCUCUGCGGCGUGGGGCCACUGAACUCAACCAUGAGGAUUACAUGGAGGGCAUUCUGGAGGUGCAGGCAAAGAAGAAGGCCAACCUACAGUACUAUGCCUAAUACUGUCCUUAGACUUUCUGUUUGUGUGUGUGUGCGCUUGUGUAUGAGGGUGUGUAUGUGGUUAAACAUCUGUAAUAGGCACACUUGUAAACCUGUGCUGUUGGUAUCCAGUACUGUUCUGAAUGAAAGAGACAGAUCAGCCACACUGGACUGCCUCACACUGUUUAUUUUUCAGUUACCCCUUUUGUUUGUCUCAUAAUCCAUUAAAAAUACAAAUCUU